AUGGGCCACGAAGCCCCAUUCGAUCGGGGUAGUAGUGCACACAUCUGCACCCGCUCCGAGACUGCAAGAUCCCGGGACUCGCGCAACUCGAUGCAUGAGCUCGUAGUAUCCUCCGGCCUCCACUACAGCUACCUGGAACUUUUGGUCUGCGAGUCGAGCAGCAAUCGUCAGACCUGCCGUGCCGCCGCCAACAAUCACGUAGUCGAAGGUGGCAUUGCCAGCAUCUCGAACGUUGAACUCGUAGGACAGGGUGUUGGACAGGCCAAAGUCGACGAACACGAGGUAGCGAUGAACCCAAUGAAUGAGGGCAUGGCGAAAUGA